UUUACAAUUCAAUACAAGUGGCAUCAUUUUGUCGACUUAUUUCAUCCAUUCAUCUCUACAUCAUUUUGUGGAUUCAUCAUUUCAUCCAUUCAUCUCUACAUCAAUAGGUUCUGAAGCUCCGAGGGAAUUACGAAGAAAAGAAUUUGUUUUAAGAAAUUCAACUUUAACAAAUCUUUGGAGAAGUCCUAAUGUACGCUCUUUAUACAACUUAAUUCUUGCUUUUUUUGUAUUCCUGUACCUGCACAUCGCUAUCUUCUAUUACUUUAAUGUUGAACGGUUAAAAAGAGAUUUAGCAUUGGUUUCAUGGUCAUUUGGUCAGUUUCACAUUGUUACUGCCGUAUGGAUUGGCAUCAACUUAUCGAUUGUUUUCUUUUUACAUCCUGUCUUUCGAUUCUGGGCUUCUUCUAGAGCAUUUGCGAAGAAGAAGGGCCUUUAUGAUUUGAUGUUUUGCACUUUAUUCGUUUUGUAUGAAGCGGCUUUGCUGAUAAUUCCACCAAAAAUAAUCAUAGACUGCAAUAUACCACCUGCAUCAUCUUGCGCGUUAGUAAUGGAACAGUUUAGACUUUUUAUGAAGAGUUAUGCAUUUGUUCGAGAAAACAUUAACAGAGUUUUAAAGUAUAAGCUCCAUCAAGAUGAUGAUGAGGAAUCAAACUCACCUCCUUGUCUAGAAGUAGGAAAACUGAUAUAUUUUUUAUUUGCACCUACAUUAAUUUACAGAGAUAGCUGUCCAAGAACAUCUGGUAUUCGCUGGGGUUUCGUUGCCUGGAAUCUUUUGCAAUUAUUUCUUAUUGUAUUGGGUGACUAUAUUGUCUACAUUUGUUUCUUAGCGAAUAGCUUCAACAAGGCGGGCAUUGAACCCAUACCCAUCACUCAUUUUGUGUGUUUGAUGGCUAUUGCAAUCUUCGCAGGUAGUAUGAUCUCGUUCGUAACGUUUUAUCCCAUAUUACACUGUUUGCCGAAUGCUUUUGCUGAAAUGCUGAGGUUUGGCGACAGAUUGUUUUAUGAAGAUUGGUGGAACUGUACUUCCUAUACAAAAUUUUACCGAUCUUGGAAUAUACUUGUACAUGAUUGGCUGUACUUCUACAUAUAUUGUGAUAUGUACGCUAUUUUGAAAAGCAGAACUGUUGCUAUGUUGUCAGUUUUUCUGCUAUCUGCAAUUGUUCAUGAAUACAUCGUAGCCGUUUCUCUCAAUUUAUAUUCCCUCCUUUAUUCACAUUAUUUUACAUAGCUGGUAUUAUAUUCAUUUUUAUGACUCGAAGAAGAACCUCAAACUUCUGGAACUUUUUCCUUUGGUUUACUUUGUUGCUAGGAUAUGGACUUUUACUAGUUUUCUACUCUUUGGAAAUGUCUGCCAGGAUCAACUGCCCGAGGAUUUUAGAUUCUUGGCUAGACUAUGCAGUUCCUCGGUUUCUCCAUUGCAAUGUGAUAUCUUUCCCAGUUUAGCGUAAAAGUUUAGUUAAAAAGUUUUUUAGUAAAAAUAUAACAAUCUAACUCGACCUGUAUUCUAAAUAAAUAGAAUUCCAGACAAUCCAAUGAAAAUUUAAUUUUGGAUAUAUGUCUAACAUGUAUUUGGAAAUAGAGUGCCUCUA